AUGACCGUGAAUGCGGACGUGGUGGAAGACCCGCUUGGUGAGCAUGGACCCCGUCCAGAGGAGGUGAAGGCGGAGAGGGCGCGCUUUCCGGCCCAGGAGCUGGUUGAGGUGUGCGAGAAGCGCUUGGACGUUUUCAGGAAAGUCACGGCCCUUACAGCCAGCGACUUUGCCUCGGUGCUUCCAGGUGAGGUCACCCCAGUGGCAGGCACCCCGGAGCUGAAACGCCUUGCUUGGCAUCCCACGGUGACCGCCCGGGAUGCCUCCGUCGCUUAUGCAGUCGGUGCGGGUCGCAGCCGGUGGCUGCAGGCAGAGGACGAGAUUGCCAUGCCGUGGUCUGAGCUUAUGCCUCUGGCAGAGCAGCUUCAGGAGUCCUUCUCGAUUCUGCCGGGGGACAACGUGGCCUUUGUCGGCCUAGGAACCGGUGCACACCUGGCCUUCGCACUGGCCUAUGCGCUCAUCGAGAAGCGUGGGAUGAUCCCGGCACGCCUUUACACAGUGUGCCCUCCUACUGUAUGGCCAGCUGAGGGCGCGCCGCCAGCAGGCGCCUUGGUGACGACCGCAAUCCGUUACUUGACCUGCCCACAGUCGGUGGCUGGGCCGCCGUGGCGCCUGGAGACGUCGACCUAUGGCGACUUCAAGCAGCAGCACUUCGAGGAUCCGUCAUCGCUGCUGGCCCUGAUCGCGGAGGAUCUGUCGCAGCUGAAAGCGUAG